UAUUAGAGUUCACUGUGUAAGAAACCUGCAAACAUGUUCUGUAGUACGGUUUCGGUGCUGUUGCUUCUCAAAGUUUUCUUUGUUUCAACAGAUAACGUUGUAGUGUCUGGAAGAGGGAUGACGGAGACGAGAAAUCCGGAACUAUUAAGUGAUGUAGCGGAAACUAUGAAAUAUAUUCUCCAGGAGUAUACUGAGGAGUUAGCUGUCAUGAGAAACGAGCUACAAAGUGUAAGAACUGAAAACAGUGAAAUGAAAAAUUUGAUUGCAGAGUUACAAAAGAAUAUGAGGUAUAUUUAAACCAACGUGAUGCAGAUCAAAAGAUCCUUCUCGAACAGAAUUCAAGGGAGAUAAACGUGUUAGAGACUCGAUUUGAGAAUAUGUCCUCUUCGCAUUCUCAAUCGAUAAACUCAGCGGAAGUCAUUCAAACCGGAAGUGGUAUUAAAGCUGAUCGCUUAAAGUCACGUGGUCUUCAAGAUCGUUUCAUUUUGAUGAAAACAGACGAUACAGACGAUACAUACGACACAACUCGACAAAAACUAGCUGGUUUCGAGUUUUAUGCACGACUCGGACAGAAACUUGAAGUCCAGGAACAUGAACAGACCAUAAUCUACGACGUCACUGUAACCAAUGGCGGUCUCACCUAUAACAACAAAACAGGGAUUUUUACGUGUGCUACGUCAGGCGUUUAUGUGUUCUCUUGGUCGGCCUUGGUAACUGCUGAUCAUUAUGUCGAGACCAUCCUACGUAGCAGCAAGUCGGAUCUGGGGCUGACAUACAGUGGGGGCAAAGGCUACCCAGGGUCAGGGUCACAGACAGUGGUGGUUAACCUUCACCAAGGUGAUAACGUGCAGGUUAAGGUCGGGUCAUUUACCCCGGGGUCAAUUCUUUAUGAUAUAUACACAACGUUUUCGGGAUUUCGACUUCAGUGAGCAAUAACUGUGUGUCACUUGUAUAUUGAUGAAUAAAAUUUUGAAUGAAAGUUGCUAGAAUGAUG